CCGCAGCAGCUGGGCUUUCCGCUCCCCUAGACAUGGCGCUGUGGCGGCGGCCGAGACUCUGCCUCUGCGCCCGGCUGCCCGACUUCCUUCUGCUGUUGCUGUUAAGGGGCUGCUUGAUAGGGGCUGUGAAUCUCAAAUCCAGCAACCGAACCCCAGUGGUACAGGAAUUUGAAAGUGUGGAGCUAUCCUGUAUUAUUACAGAUUCACAGACAAAUGACCCCAGGAUUGAAUGGAAGAAAAUUCAAGAUGACCAAACAACAUAUGUGUUUUUUGACAACAAAAUUCAGGGAGACUUCGCAGGUCGUGCAGAACUGUUGGGGAAGACUUCCCUUAAGAUCUGGAAUGUGACACGGAGAGACUCGGCCCGUUAUCGUUGUGAGGUUGUUGCUCGAAAUGACCACAAGGAAAUUGAUGAGAUUGUCAUUGAGUUAACUGUGCAAGUGAAGCCAGUAACUCCUGUCUGCAGAGUCCCAAAGGCAGUACCUGUGGGCAAGUCGGCCACGCUGCACUGCCAGGAGGGCGAGGGCUCCCCCCGGCCUCACUACAGGUGGUAUCGCAACGAUGUGCCUCUGCCCACUGACUCCAAGGCCAACCCCAGAUUUCGAAAUUCCUCUUUUCUCGUAAACUCUGAAACAGGCACUCUGGUUUUCAGUGCUGUUCACAAGGAGGAUUCUGGGCAGUAUUACUGUAUUGCUUCCAAUGACGCGGGGUCAGCCAGGUGUGACGAACAGGAGAUGGAAGUCUAUGACCUGAACAUCGGUGGAAUUAUUGGAGGGGUCCUGGUUGUCCUUGCAGUACUGGCCCUGAUAACAGUGGGUAUCUGCUGUGCGUACAGACGUGGUUACUUCAUCAGCAACAAACAGGAUGGAGAAAGCUACAAGAAUCCGGGGAAGCCUGAUGGCUUCAACCACAUCAGGACAGAUGAUGAGGGUGACUUCCGCCACAAAUCAUCGUUCGUGAUCUAAAAUCUUGACAGUAUGGCCAAGAGAGCACAUGCAAAUACCUCUACUAGAAACUCCAAUUAAGAGCAGCCUUUGAGCAAAGUGCACUUGGAAAGAGCUAGACACUCAUGCAAAAGCUUCUUUUUUUUUUUUGCCAAAGUUGACCGCUACUCCUUUCUUAUUUUUAAUGAGCCGCAUGAAUAAAAGAACUUUCCUCAAGAUGGGCAUAGUAAUCACAAGGAAAAGAACUAAUUUAGGUUAGCUGAGUUUGAUUUCCAGUCUGUUUCUGGUCUGAUUCCCAAGUGAGUAAUAAGACUUUAAAGAAAUCGCUCACGUGCACUUUCCUGUACGUGGACACUGAGAACCUGAGAAACCACUUGGUUUGCCACUAGUUGUUCAUCACCCAGUAUGAAC